AUGGAUCUGGGAAAUGCAUGUGACCGGAUAAAGCACGUUACUCAGGAGGAAUUGGUCAACAACCUCAGCUUAUUGAUUGAAACCUGGGGGGUCUUGACCCGGCAUCUGCGCAGCGCCCUCGCAGUGCGGCCUGGACAACGAGAAGAGGCGGGACACGACGACCUCCCACUGCCACGAGCGCCCCCCCAGCACGAUAACAACGGCAGUGGAAGAAUAACGUCGCCAUCUUCUCAUGUUGCUGCCGCCUGCGUAUGCAAUACGCUACCAUAUUCAACACUGAGCAACCUGAGAUCUUCCAUUGUCCGUAUUACACCAGAGAAGUCCAUCUCGACGACGACGACCAAGACCAGCUCGAAGGUCAGCAACUGCCGUCCCCGUUCUCGAUUUGAGAGAGCAUUCCGGAAUAUCCAGGAUAACGCCCGGAAUCGCCAAAAUGUGCUUAAAGAGAUCAAUGUAAACAACCUCCUUUCUCGACGUGUUGCAGAAUAUCCACCAGCUCGCGCCGCCAGCGACGCGACACGAAGAAAGCGACAUGACCCUGACCGAAUUGCGGCCUUCCUAGAGAGCUUCUUGGCUGCAAUACAUAUCACCGAGAAAUACCACAUAUUUCAGAAAGAAGAAAUAGAGCGUCAGGGGAAGAAGAAUCGAGGAAGGCUUAGGAAUGUGUAUGAGGAAUUUGCCGAUUCUCUGGAUAUCACUCCGUCGAAAAUCCCGCCUAUUUUAAAACUUGGAGAAGUCUUGUCGAAGGUGUUGUCUUACGGCCACUAUGUGCUUCUCCUCUUAUUUGAUCAGCUUUCGACGGUACGUGACUUGUCCGCUGGGGACCUAGACGAGCUCAGCCAGUCCCUGGGUGGGGAGCUACCCGCGGUGGGAAACGCAGAAAUCCUGAACGCUGCUGUCAAAAAUGCAUAUCAGAGAUACCAAAAGGUCGCCAACGAAUGCUGGACUAAAGAAAAACGUGCUUCCGCGAGAGAGGCGAUUGAAAAAAUUAUGGAAGUAGAUGAAGCUUCGAACUUGGUGGAUGAAGACGACAAUCGACACCUCUUGGACGAAUCUAUUUCCAGCGGGCAAAUCUCCGGAACAGCAUCGCCAGACCAUUCUCCCGGUGAGGGUGAAGAGUUUUCCACCCCAGCCACGGCUAUUUCUGAUCGUCGAAGGUCUUUGACCCCGUGUCAGUCCUCACCACAACCUUCGGAGCCUGGCCGGGUUGAUUUUGUCGGCCAACUUAACCAGGAUUGGACCUCCAGGUGCAAUUCCGAUCCAGCGCUGAAGACGCAGAUCGCAGAGGCUCAUCGAUCACCCCGAAGCUUGCAAGAGGAUGAUUUUACCGGCACAUCAACGGCCGUAGUAGAUAACUCGCCCCAACCAGACUCGUCGGAUCAACUCCUGCAUCAAUCAGAACACAAUCCAGCAUACCUAUUUGCGCCGGAUACUAUCGGGUCCGGUGUGCCACAGUCACGCAAACGGCCUCACUUAGAUCAACCGAUCGAUGCGACGACCUCGCGAGGGCCAUCCCCCAAGCGUUGUCUUACGCGCCAAGUGUACAACGGCAUGACUGACGAUCGAAGCAUUAGAUCUAUGUUCAAUGAUAACAAUGUAGACAACUCUAUCAGUAACGAACCUGGUGCCAGCAACAACAUUCUGCAUACGACGACGUACACCAGCUUUGAAAAUCCUGGUCCGUUCAGCGAACAUUCUCCAUCGGCACAACUAGCUGUACAAGGAUACCACGGAGAACAGCUUCAUGAUCACUCCACAGAAUCUUCAGCAAGCGGACCGGAAGAUACCUUACUGGGGACUAUAGGUGGGGGAAGAAAUGAAAGCCCGCCUAAUUGGGAUUCUAUGUUCGAGGGUGCAGAAUCGUUAUGUUUUGAAGGGGGGUCUUGGAAUCUUCAGACGCCUGAUUGGGUUCGUAUGUUUGAACAGGCAGAACAGGUGAACUUCGGGGAGGAUUGCAUUGAACAUAUCUCUGGAUAGGCUUAGUUGGACAAAGUGGCAUCCCCAUUCACACGUCUGUCAAUUCCG